CUGGGAGCGUUCGUUUCUUAGUUGGGCAGGCGCGAGGAGCCCUGGGCGGAGUCGUUGGGUUCAGAGUCGCGCGCGCGUGCAGCCAGCGAGUGGCGUCCGUGCCGCCGGUGAAGUGUGGAGGAGGCGCGUGCUGCCGCCGUUGCCGGAGCGCUCGGUUCGGGCAGCGUUUGUGCAUCGGGGAAGAAGUGUUUCUGUCUCUGCGGUUAUACAACGCGAGCCCCUGGCUCGUGACGAGUAGGGCGUGCGAGCACAAUUGGGAGCGAGUGCUCGUGAGCAAAGAGCGGCCAUCGUCAUCGCCAUCAGAGGGGAGGGGGGCUCGCUCCAAAAACACUCCACCACGCUCCUCUCGGAUUAGUGGGUCCGACCUGAGCCCCCACCGCCCCCCCCCCCACGGCCACAUCCCCCUUGCCCCCCACCCAGACCCCCCCCCCCCCACUUACUCGUGACGGCGGUGUCACAGGAGUCCCGCGACCAUGUCCGGACCCCUAAAGGGGGUCGGCCCCCCCCUCCACGCUCGCUUCUACGCGGACGCUGCACCCCGCGGGGACCCCUUGGACAGCAUCUCCCUCCCGGCGCUCCUCCAGUCCAGCGAGAACCGCCGCAUCGCCGCCUUCCAGCUGCCAGACUUUGAACCGCCUCCUCCUCCUCACGCGGCGUGUGGCUUCCAGCAACACAAGGGGGGCCCCCCCUGGACUCAGCCGGGGCUCUACGGACCCCCGGGAGGAGGUCAGGACCCCCCCGGGUCGUCGUGGCUCGAGUCUCUCACGGGCGGCGGCGGUGGCGGCGGCGGCGGCCUCUACCCCGGGGUCGGGAUGGGGUCCCCGCAGGGUUCCCUGGCUCCCUACGGGCUGGCGUGCCGGCCGGGGGGAUGCGGACCCGCGCCGGGACUCCUGCAGGUCGGCUCUGACGGAAUGAGCGUGGGCCGCUUCGACGCGGAGUCGCUGCUCUUCCGUGGGGUCGUCGCCGAGACCCCGGACCCCGUGCUGGGGUCUCACGGGGACCCCUACCCCGAGCACAAGGGGGACCUGGCGGGCCCGGACCCCGGAGAGGAGAGCCGGGCACGGCUACAAGCGAGCGACCCGUCGGCCCACUGGCUGCACGCGCGAGCGGGCCGCAAGAAGCGCUGCCCCUACUCCAAGCAGCAGACGCUGGAGCUGGAGAAGGAGUUCCUCUUCAACAUGUACCUGACGCGGGACAGGCGCUACGAGGUGGCGCGCGGUCUCAACCUCACCGAGAGGCAGGUGAAGAUCUGGUUCCAGAACCGGCGCAUGAAGCUCAAGAAGAUGAAGAGAGAUAAAAGUGAUGAUCUGUAAACAACAACAAAGGGCCCACGCCGUCGUGCGGCGCUCACUCCGCACUCACUCUCCACUGCUACCCUCGACGAUGAUGAUGAUUAUGGUGGUGGUGAUGGCGAGGAGGAGGAGGGCGGCAAAGGCGCGGCUCUGCAAUUGCAGGGCUCGAGACACUGCUGGUGGAAGGGCCUAACACCCGCGCCAGUAGCUCUAAGAGAGCGAGAGAGAGACCCGCCAGGGAGGGCAUGUGCGCGUGUUUUGGCCUAGGCUUCCACAUCUUAUAAGGCGUGGGAGUUACCCACACUUUGUCCCAACACACGCAACCUGCCGAUCGACUAACUAUGGCGAACCCGUUUGUAGAAGACUGCUGGAUGGAGAGGGUUGGGGGGGGGGGUUAAGAAACUCCCUUUAACUGCCGCGUCCGGAGAUAGAACCGCACCGAAUCGCACUGGAUUUGCAAGUCCACACUGCGCGACAACCAACCAUUACACCACACAGCAGCGUUCCGGUAUGAUCCUCGUUGUCCAUAUACCGUAAUGACACGGAUUUAGUACGACUGUUAUCAACUGCAAUUGCAAUUAGCGAUACGGCAAAUUACAUUCUGAGCGUUAUUCUCAUGGGGGCCCUUCUAAGAGCAGCGCGCGAGCCAGGCAGUUGCAAGUGCUGCUCCUUUGCCACCUGCUUGUAAUUGAUAUUAAUAGUCGUAGUUUUAUUGUUGUGGUUGCCGUUGUUGUUGACGAGUAGAGUGCUGAAACUACUGUCGCUGUUUGUUUUGUUUACCUGAUCUCGACUAACUUAUUCCGGCGUGUCUACGAGUGGCCUGCGCGAGUCGUCUGUGGCGCGGGGAGCGGUGGCGCAGUGGUUAGCGCACUGCGUUCCCACCAGCCCGCGGCGACGCGAGUUCCCCUUCUUCCCCGGUCAGGAUUGACGCGAGUGGCGCGACUGAUGUCUGAACCGAGCAUGGGCCACCCCUACGUCGACUCAGCCUUAAACGAGUAUAUGUGGAUGUGUGAUUCUGUGUGUUUAUGUUUGAGUAUAUGUGUGCCUGAGUCUGUAAGUGCAUACGUCUACGUGUGCGUGUUUGAAUGUGUUAGUGCAAGUGCGAGUCUCUGUGUGCGGGAGUUUUUGUGUAAGUAUGCGAGUUUGUGUGCGUGAGUCUGCGUGUGCGCGUGUCUGUGUGUAAAUGCAAGAGUGAGUCUGUGUGCGCCGGAGUCUGCGUGUGUA